CUAGAACUGAUAAAAUGUGUUUAUUUUUCUUUUGUUUUCUUUUCAGAUAGCGAUGAUUCUCAAGACAAAACUUUUUCAAAACCACAUAAUUCGGCAAAUUUCUUCGAAAAAUAAAAUUUCUUCCAAUUUGGACGAUUAUGAUGUAGUGAUAAAUCCUGAUGAUAAUCUUUUUGAAGUUUUUAUGCAAGAACAAGGAAAUGGCCGAUUUGAUUUCAAGAAAGAGGAUUAUUCUACGUGGAAAUCUUCAUGGGGAGAUGCUUACCGUUUUGGACUUAUUUUAUUGAAAGGAACUGAGAGCAUUGCAUAUUCAUUUCACACUAUUCAGUACAAAUCUUUGGGACUUCAGCCAGAUUUUCGUCAUCUUGGAAUGGCAUGGGUUCCUGAAAAAUAUCGUGGAAAGAGUAUUCUGAAAGUUGUCACUGAUUAUUUAAUACAAGAAGAACGAAUGAAACACCAGAAUAUGCUGGCAUGUAAUGUGCAUUGGUCUCAGAACUUUUGGUUAAAAGCUACAGGGAGAAGUGAUAUUGGUGCAUGUACAUAUUAUAUAUCGUAUUAUGAAUUGUAUGAUUUUAAAGUUCCAAUUCCAAAGAUUAAAGAUGAUUGUGAAAUUGUUGUCAAGAAUGUCAACACAAAAACAGUCACUGAUGUCUUGAAAUAUGAUACUUCAAUAUUUCCAUUCAAUCGGAAAAAUUGGAUAGAAUCACUUUUUCUCGAAGGUAUUGGAAGAGUUGCAUAUAAUUCUGAUGGAAAUGUUGUUGGAAUUGGAUGUCUAUCUACUUAUCCAUCAGGAGAAUGUGUGAUAAGUCCGUUGUAUGCUGAUAAUACGAAAAUAGCUCAGAAAAUUUUUGGAAGUAUGCUCGAAGAAGUAAUUGAGAAAAAUAAGAAAAUACGGAGAUUUCAAGUUAGAUCAAAUGAUCAAUGCAGUAAUAGUUAUGAGUGGAUUCAACCAUUCUUAAAAAUUCCACUUCGCCGCUCCCACCUAUCAAAUCUCUGCUACUCAAUAUAUCCCCCAAGACAUUAUUUCAAUUUCAAUAAAGUUUUUGUGAAUGCUCAUCCGACGAAUGCACCAUGCUGACAAACUGGCUCAUAAAUAUUUUACUCUAUUUUAAUUUAAUAAAACGAAAAUGUAGAUCCACUGCCUGUCUGCGUCUCCUUAUUUUCAUUCAGUUUUACUACUCUGUGUUUACCUUUUCCUUUCGAUCCUUUCAAAUUUCGACCAAAACAACGAUUGUCUCUGCGUCUACAUGUAAAACCAUGUGACUUAGGAAAAUGAAAGCAGCUGGAGUAC